ACCCGCGAAACCGGAAGCCACCUCCCACUCUGGAUUCCUAGGCGAAUAGCGGGUCCUCCGGCGGGGCCGCUAGCGCCGCGGUGUUCGACGGGAAGUGGGCCUAGAGCGACCUCAGAGUUAAGGGUUGGGGGUGACGUCAGUGGCCAAGAUGGCGGCGGUGGUUGGGGUCUCCUUGAAGCGUCGGUUCCCCGCUGCAGUUCUGGGCGGAGCCUGCCUGCAGGCCUGCCGAGGGGCCCAGACAGCUGCAGCCCAAGCUCCCCGAAUCAAGAAAUUUGCCAUCUACCGAUGGGACCCAGACAAGACUGGAGAUAAACCUCGUAUGCAGACUUACGAAGUUGAUCUGAAUAAAUGUGGUCCCAUGGUGUUGGACGCGUUAAUCAAGAUCAAGAAUGAGGUGGACUCCACCCUGACCUUCCGGAGAUCGUGCAGAGAAGGCAUUUGUGGUUCAUGUGCAAUGAACAUCAACGGAGGCAACACGCUGGCCUGCACGCGCAGGAUCGACACCAACCUUGACAAAGUCUCCAAAAUCUACCCUCUGCCGCACAUGUACGUGAUCAAGGAUCUCGUUCCCGAUUUGAACAACUUCUAUGCCCAGUACAAAUCCAUUGAGCCCUAUUUGAAGAAGAAGGAUGAGUCCCAGGAAGGCAAGCAGCAGUACCUGCAGUCCAUAGAAGACCGCGAGAAACUGGACGGGCUGUACGAGUGCAUCCUCUGCGCCUGCUGCAGCACUAGCUGCCCCAGCUACUGGUGGAAUGGAGACAAGUACCUGGGGCCUGCGGUCCUCAUGCAGGCAUACCGCUGGAUGAUCGACUCCAGGGACGACUUCACAGAGGAGCGCCUGGCCAAGCUGCAGGACCCGUUCUCGCUGUACCGCUGCCACACCAUCAUGAACUGCACACAGACCUGCCCCAAGGGUCUGAAUCCAGGGAAAGCGAUUGCCGAAAUCAAAAAAAUGAUGGCGACCUACAAGGAGAAGAGAGCUGCCAUUUAAUGUGGCUGCUGGCUGUGGCGGCCACCAGCUCAGAGCAGGACAUAAUUUAUGUCUAAUUGGGAUUCCUUGCCAGGUUGUGAUUUUCCAUGAACAUUGCAUGUAUAAUAAACAUUUCAUGAAAUAAAUGUUACUCUACUUUACUAACAAAAACCAGGCCUGUUCUUCCAUGCAGCUGCGCCCUUAGCCUUGGAGAGCGGGCUGUGCCUCCAGGGCCAAGCCAGUGGAUGCGUUUGGUGGACAGAGGGGCCCAGCUUGCGCCCCUUGAACAAGUUCCUUCCCUCCUCGUGCCUUACACUGCCCAUCUGUGAACUGGAAGUCGCAGCUGCACCCGCCUCGUGUGUGGUGACAGUGCCAGUGCUUAGGGUGGUGAGAACAUGGGCCACGGGUUGAUGCCACUGUUCCCAGGGUUAGGGUUUGGUCUCUGUGCUGUGAUCACUGUGCCCGGUCACCCAGAUGACGUGGAGGGACUGGUCCCUGCAACGCCAGUUCCUACCGCCGCUGCCACUGACCGAGCUCACCGCAUGGCCUGAACGCUCACUGGAGUAGACUUGCGGGCGAUGCAGAAAGUAAGCCAGCGAGCCCUUCCAGGCCCGUCUCAUUCCAUCAGCAGUCAUGUUUCUGUCUGGUAUUUGUUAGCACAAACACAUGACAGAUACCAUAUAAUACUUC